GGGGCCGGGGCCGGGGCCGAGCCCGGGGCCGCGAAGGCGGCGGACUCCUUUCUGCGGCGGAGGGAUCCGCGGCGGAGGCGGCCACGGCCGUAGCCGCUGCCUGAGAGUUGUUGUUUCCUCCUCCUCCUCCUCCGCCUCCGCCGCCGUUGCUUGAAUGGUGGAGCCGAAGCUCGGCUCGUGAACACACACUGACAGCUAUAGGGCAGGCGGCGGCACCGUCCCCGCUUCCCCUCGGCGGCGGGGUGUCCCGUCGGCGGCCCUGAAGUGACCCAUAAACAUGUCUUGUGAGAGGAAAGGCCUCUCGGAGCUGCGAUCGGAGCUCUACUUCCUCAUCGCACGGUUCCUGGAAGAUGGACCCUGUCAGCAGGCGGCUCAGGUGCUGAUCCGCGAGGUGGCCGAGAAGGAGCUGCUGCCCCGGCGCACCGACUGGACCGGGAAGGAGCAUCCCAGGACCUACCAGAAUCUGGUGAAGUAUUACAGACACUUAGCACCUGAUCACUUGCUGCAAAUAUGUCAUCGACUAGGACCUCUUCUUGAACAAGAAAUUCCUCAAAGUGUUCCUGGAGUACAAACUUUAUUAGGAGCUGGAAGACAGUCUUUACUACGCACAAAUAAAAGCUGCAAGCAUGUUGUGUGGAAAGGAUCUGCUCUGGCUGCGUUGCACUGUGGAAGACCACCUGAGUCACCAGUUAACUAUGGUAGCCCACCCAGCAUUGCGGAUACUCUGUUUUCAAGGAAGCUGAAUGGGAAAUACAGACUUGAGCGACUUGUUCCAACUGCAGUGUAUCAGCACAUGAAAAUGCAUAAACGAAUUCUUGGACACUUGUCAUCUGUGUACUGUGUAACUUUUGAUCGAACUGGCAGACGGAUAUUUACUGGUUCUGAUGACUGUCUUGUGAAAAUAUGGGCAACAGAUGAUGGGAGGUUAUUAGCUACCUUAAGAGGACAUGCUGCUGAAAUAUCAGACAUGGCUGUAAACUAUGAGAAUACCAUGAUAGCAGCUGGAAGUUGUGAUAAAAUGAUCCGAGUCUGGUGUCUUCGAACCUGUGCACCUUUGGCUGUUCUUCAGGGCCAUAGUGCAUCUAUUACAUCACUACAGUUCUCACCGUUGUGCAGUGGCUCAAAGAGAUAUCUAUCUUCUACUGGGGCAGAUGGCACUAUUUGUUUUUGGCUCUGGGAUGCUGGAACCCUUAAAAUAAACCCAAGACCUGCAAAAUUUACAGAGCGCCCUCGGCCUGGAGUUCAAAUGAUCUGUUCUUCUUUUAGUGCUGGUGGAAUGUUUCUGGCGACGGGAAGCACAGAUCAUAUUAUUCGGGUUUAUUUUUUUGGAUCAGGUCAGCCAGAGAAAAUAUCAGAAUUGGAGUUUCAUACUGACAAAGUUGACAGUAUCCAGUUUUCCAACACUAGUAACAGGUUUGUAAGUGGCAGUCGUGAUGGGACGGCACGUAUUUGGCAAUUUAAACGAAGAGAAUGGAAGAGCAUUUUGUUGGAUAUGGCUACUCGUCCAGCAGGCCAAAACCUUCAAGGAAUAGAAGAUAAAAUCACAAAAAUGAAGGUUACUAUGGUAGCUUGGGAUCGACAUGACAAUACAGUUAUAACUGCAGUUAAUAACAUGACUCUGAAAGUUUGGAAUUCUUACACUGGCCAACUAAUUCAUGUCCUGAUGGGUCAUGAAGAUGAGGUAUUUGUUCUUGAACCACACCCAUUCGAUCCUAGAGUUCUCUUUUCUGCUGGUCAUGAUGGAAACGUGAUAGUGUGGGAUCUGGCAAGAGGAGUCAAAAUACGAUCUUAUUUCAAUAUGAUUGAAGGCCAAGGACAUGGCGCAGUAUUUGACUGCAAAUGCUCUCCUGAUGGUCAGCAUUUUGCAUGCACAGACUCUCAUGGACAUCUUUUAAUUUUUGGCUUUGGGUCCAGUAGCAAAUAUGACAAGAUAGCAGAUCAGAUGUUCUUUCAUAGUGAUUAUCGGCCACUUAUUCGUGAUGCCAACAAUUUUGUAUUAGAUGAACAGACUCAGCAAGCGCCUCAUCUUAUGCCUCCCCCUUUUUUGGUUGAUGUUGAUGGUAACCCUCAUCCAUCAAGAUAUCAAAGAUUAGUUCCUGGCCGUGAAAAUUGCAGGGAGGAGCAACUCAUCCCUCAGAUGGGAGUAACUUCCUCAGGACUGAAUCAAGUUUUAAGUCAGCAAGCAAACCAGGAGAUCAGCCCACUGGACAGCAUGAUUCAAAGACUACAACAGGAGCAAGACCUGAGACGUUCUGGUGAAGCAGGUAUCAGUAAUACCAGCCGUUUAAGUAGAGGCUCCAUAAGUUCUACCUCAGAGGUUCAUUCACCACCAAACGUAGGACUAAGACGUAGUGGACAAAUUGAAGGUGUACGGCAAAUGCACAGCAACGCACCAAGAAGUGAAAUAGCCACAGAGCGGGAUCUUGUAGCUUGGAGUCGAAGGGUGGUAGUACCCGAGCUAUCAGCUGGUGUAGCCAGUAGGCAAGAAGAAUGGAGAACUGCAAAGGGAGAAGAAGAAAUAAAGACUUACAGGUCAGAAGAGAAAAGAAAACACUUAACUGUUCCAAAAGAGAAUAAAAUACCCACUGUCUCAAAGAAUCAUGCUCAUGAGCAUUUCCUGGAUCUUGGAGAAUCCAAAAAGCAACAGACAAAUCAACACAAUUAUCGUACUAGAUCUGCAUUGGAAGAGACUCCUAGACCCUCAGAAGAGAUAGAAAAUGGCAGUAGUUCUUCAGAUGAAGGCGAAGUAGUUGCUGUCAGUGGUGGAACAUCCGAAGAAGAAGAGAGAGCAUGGCACAGUGAUGGCAGUUCUAGUGACUACUCCAGUGAUUACUCUGACUGGACAGCAGAUGCAGGAAUUAAUCUGCAGCCACCAAAGAAAGUUCCUAAGAAUAAAACCAAGAAAGCAGAAAGCAGUUCAGAUGAAGAAGAAGAAUCUGAAAAACAGAAGCAAAAACAGAUUAAAAAGGAAAAGAAAAAAGUAAAUGAAGAAAAAGAUGGACCAAUAUCACCAAAGAAAAAGAAGCCCAAAGAAAGAAAACAAAAGAGAUUGGCUGUGGGAGAACUAACUGAAAACGGUUUGACAUUAGAAGAAUGGUUGCCAUCAACAUGGAUUACAGAUACUAUUCCCCGAAGAUGUCCAUUUGUGCCACAGAUGGGUGAUGAGGUUUAUUAUUUCCGACAAGGACAUGAAGCCUAUGUCGAAAUGGCCCGGAAAAAUAAAAUAUAUAGCAUCAAUCCCAAAAAACAACCAUGGCAUAAAAUGGAACUACGGGAACAAGAACUUAUGAAAAUAGUUGGCAUAAAGUAUGAAGUGGGAUUACCUACCCUUUGCUGCCUUAAACUUGCUUUUCUAGAUCCUGAUACUGGUAAACUGACUGGCGGAUCAUUUACCAUGAAAUACCAUGAUAUGCCUGACGUUAUAGAUUUCUUAGUCUUGAGACAACAAUUUGAUGACGCAAAAUAUAGGCGAUGGAAUAUAGGUGACCGCUUCAGGUCUGUCAUAGAUGAUGCCUGGUGGUUUGGAACAAUUGAAAGCCAGGAACCUCUUCAACUUGAGUACCCUGAUAGUCUGUUUCAAUGCUACAAUGUUUGCUGGGACAAUGGAGAUACAGAAAAGAUGAGUCCUUGGGAUAUGGAGCUUAUACCUAAUAAUGCUGUAUUUCCUGAAGAACUAGGUACCAGUGUUCCUUUAACUGAUGGUGAGUGCAGAUCACUAAUCUAUAAACCUCUUGAUGGAGAAUGGGGUACCAAUCCCAGGGAUGAAGAAUGUGAAAGAAUUGUGGCAGGAAUAAACCAGUUGAUGACACUAGAUAUUGCCUCAGCAUUUGUGGCCCCCGUGGAUCUGCAAGCGUAUCCCAUGUAUUGCACAGUAGUGGCAUAUCCAACGGAUCUAAGUACAAUUAAACAAAGACUGGAAAACAGGUUUUACAGGCGGGUUUCUUCCCUAAUGUGGGAAGUUCGAUAUAUAGAGCAUAAUACACGAACAUUUAAUGAGCCUGGAAGCCCUAUUGUGAAAUCUGCUAAAUUCGUAACUGAUCUUCUUCUACAUUUUAUAAAGGAUCAGACUUGUUAUAACAUAAUUCCACUUUAUAAUUCAAUGAAGAAGAAAGUUUUGUCUGAUUCUGAGGAAGAAGAGAAAGACGCUGAUGUGCCAGGAACUUCUACUCGAAAAAGGAAGGACCAUCAGCCUAGAAGAAGAUUACGUAAUAGAGCCCAGUCUUACGAUAUUCAAGCAUGGAAGAAACAGUGUGAAGAAUUGUUAAAUCUCAUAUUUCAAUGUGAAGAUUCAGAGCCUUUCCGUCAGCCGGUAGAUCUCCUUGAAUAUCCGGACUACAGAGACAUCAUUGACACUCCAAUGGAUUUUGCUACUGUUAGAGAAACUUUAGAGGCUGGGAAUUAUGAGUCACCAAUGGAGUUAUGUAAAGAUGUCAGACUUAUUUUCAGUAAUUCCAAAGCAUAUACACCAAGCAAAAGAUCAAGGAUUUACAGCAUGAGUUUGCGCCUGUCUGCUUUCUUCGAAGAACACAUUAGUUCAGUUUUAUCAGAUUAUAAAUCUGCUCUUCGUUUUCAUAAAAGAAAUACCAUAACCAAAAGGAGGAAGAAAAGAAACAGAAGCAGCUCUGUUUCCAGUAGUGCUGCAUCAAGCCCUGAAAGGAAAAAAAGGAUCUUAAAACCCCAGCUAAAAUCAGAAAGCUCUACCUCUGCAUUCUCUACACCUACACGAUCAAUACCGCCAAGACACAAUGCUGCUCAGAUAAACGGUAGAACAGAAUCUAGUUCUGUGGUUCGAACCAGAAGCAACCGAGUAGUUGUAGAUCCAGUUGUCACUGAGCAACCAUCUACUUCUUCAGCUUCAAAGACUUUUAUUACAAAAGCUAAUGCAUCUGCAGUACCAGGGAAAACAAUACUAGAGAAUUCUGUGAAACAUUCCAAAGCUUUGAAUACUCUUUCCAGUCCUGGUCAAUCUAGUUUUAGUCAUGGCACUAGGAAUAAUUCUGCAAAAGAAAACAUGGAAAAGGAAAAGCCAGUCAAACGUAAAAUGAAGUCAUCUGUACUCCCAAAGGCGUCUACCCUUUCAAAGUCAUCAGCUGUCAUUGAGCAAGGAGAUUGUAAGAACAAUGCUCUUGUACCAGGAACCAUUCAAGUAAAUGGCCAUGGAGGACAGCCAUCAAAACUUGUGAAGAGGGGGCCUGGAAGGAAACCUAAAGUAGAAGUUAAUACCAAUAGUGGUGAAAUUAUACACAAGAAAAGGGGUAGAAAGCCCAAAAAGCUACAGUAUGCAAAGCCAGAAGAUUUAGAGCAAAAUAAUGUGCAUCCCAUCAGAGAUGAAGUACUUCCUUCUUCAACAUGCAAUUUUCUUUCUGAAACUAAUAAUGUAAAGGAAGAUUUGUUACAGAAAAAGAAUCGUGGAGGUAGAAAACCCAAAAGGAAGAUGAAGACACAAAAACUAGAUUCAGAUCUCCUAGUCCCUGCAAGUGUCAAAGUGUUAAGGAGAAGUAACCGAAAAAAGAUAGAUGAUCCUAUAGAUGAGGAAGAAGAGUUUGAAGAACUCAAAGGCUCUGAACCCCACAUGAGAACUAGAAAUCAAGGUCGAAGGACAGCUUUCUAUAACGAGGAUGACUCUGAAGAGGAGCAAAGGCAGCUGUUGUUCGAAGACACCUCUUUAACUUUUGGAACUUCUAGUAGAGGGCGAGUCCGAAAGUUGACUGAAAAAGCAAAAGCUAAUUUAAUUGGUUGGUAACUUGUACCAAAAUAUUUUACUUCAAAAUCUAUAAAGCAGGUACAGUUAAGGAAUAAGUAGAACUAAGGCUUCUGCUUCCUUGCUGCUGCAGUGGAGUAGGGAAUGUUAUGAUUUGAUUUGCAAAAAAAAAACAAAAAACAAAAAACAAACUUACAAGACACUUCACUUCUUUAAAUGAAUAUAUAUAUAUAUAUAAAUAUAUACAUAUAUAUUUUAAAUGUUUGCUAUUUAUUGCCCUUAGAUAGGUUAUGCAUUUUCACAUUCAUUUCAUUCACUGUUUGAAACGAAAGAAAUUGAUCUAUAAUGAAUUCCUGAUUUAUUUAUAGAAAAGACAGUUCUGCUACACUCUUUAGGAGCAUAGUAUUCCUAGCUAUAGAGCAUUUCAUGUUAAAAUGAAUUAUUUUUGACCAAGCAAGGUACAUUUCUAUUGAUACAAGUCAUGCCCCUAAAAGAUAGAUGUUAUACAGAGUAGCAGUGAAUUAAGAAAUGUUUCCUCUAAAAGAUAAAUAUAAAAUUUCCACCAUUUGAUACCCUAAACAGUUUAAUUUUAAUUACAGAAUGUUCAUCUACAAAGUAUCUAGAGGAGGCUUUUGCUUUAUUCCAUUUCUGCCAAACUUAAGAGAAAAUGUACUGAUGAAGGGAAACAUAUCCACAUUGGAAAACAUUUGACUGUCUAAUUUUUCAGACCUUGAUUCUUAUAUCACUCAAUCUCUGUUUAUUGUGCCAAAGACUGAGAAUCAGUGCAGUGGAAAGCCUGUUUUUGACUGUCAGGACAGCAUACACUUUUCAAUAUUGGAAAGGCUAUAUAUUCUAAAGAGCAAGUUAUUAAAGAGUUAUGCUGAGAUAUAUCUUUUUUUGGUACUAAUAGAAAAUAAUGCACUGGUGGGUCCUUUGACAGAGAUGUUCUAGAGGAAAUGUUUAAGUGGUUAAAGGAUUCAAGGAAAAUACAGGAAAAAAGGUAUGGGAUUUGAUGUUUACUUGUUGAUCUGGAUUAAUGUCAUUUCUAAACUUUAGACAUAUCUAAUAGCCUAAAAUGACUUACAAAGAAACGUGUCUGUGUGUGUAUGUGUAUAUAUUGAUAAAUGGGUAUAAUUAAAUAUAUAUACAAACACAUACUUAUAUACUAUUACCCAGGUAUAAAUUCUUUUUUCAGGAUUUUUUAGAUAGCAGUAGAAUAAAAAUAAUUUUAAAAUGUCAUACUUUAUAGUUUAAUUUUAAGGGGGAAAUUGGUUAUUUUCAAUUAUUAAAGGUUAAAAUAGGCCAAAUCACUUUUUAUGCAAUCAUGUUUUAUACAGUGGUCUCAUUGCACAUUGUGUUUUUUCUGCACUUUUUACGGUAUCCUUAUCAUGCUGGUAUGUCAAUAUACACCCUAAAGAAAAACUCCAUUUAAUGAUUGUGCCUUGUAUUCUAUUAUUUUUUGCAUCAUUAGUAAAAUUAAGUUGUCUAUUGUAAAUGAUAACUAUAUGACUUAGGAGAAUGUAUUGCUAUAUGUACUGCUAUGGAAAAGGAAAGCAGUUAUUUAUUUGUUUAUGGUACAGUUAUUUUAUACCUUAAAAACCAACAUACUUACCAUUUCUAUUGUUUAAAAAUUACUGUCCAUUUUUUAAAAAAAAUUAAAGAAUGUAGUAUUUUCUGAGGACUGGUAUGGUACAAAAAUGUAAUCAAAAUUUUCAGAUACUACAUUUUUAAAAAGUGAGGAUGGGGAAAAUAUAUAUCAGCAUGACCCUGAUGUAGAAAAAUAAAGUCUGCAAUUGAACCUUGGCAAAAUACAUUACAUAAUUAUUUCUGAUAAGGAUAAAUAUUAGCUGCCAUUUAACUGUCAUGAAGAAUGAAAAGUGAUACAUUUGGGCUUUUUAGAUCAUUUGUAACUAAAUUUGUACAGAAAUUCUCCUGUGAAAUUAAGUAAACCAUUUUCCAGAUCUUGACUGCAUUGCUGAGAUUUUGCAGUUGAAAAAUAAUUUCAAAUUUUUCAGAUUUUUUGUAUAUUUAUUUUUUUCUAACAAAUAUAUUUAACUAUAAAAUUAAAAUUCAGUAGUUAAACUCUUCAUAAUGCAGAAAUGGAUGGCUUGAUUAUAUAGAAAAAUGAGUCUUUCAGUUACACCAUUCUUGAAAAUAAUAGUGUAUGUUUGAAAUUUGUCAUUAAUUAGUUGUUUUUGAAGGCAAUCUAUUUGAAAUAUGUAAUUUCCUGAUGUUAUCUGCAUUGUUAAAAAAAUAAUAGGCUAUAAAACCAAUUUUUGUAAAAAUGUACAGUUUUAAGUUGUGUACAGAAAAAGGAAGAGCGUACACAGUCUUAGAGUGGAAUAUACCUCUAGUGCAGUGUAUGUGUUAAUUCCAACCCUUGAGCAAAGAAAUGAGUAUUUACCAUCUUUCCUAUAACACGUAAAUGUAUUAUUCCUGUUCUACAGACACUGUAUAUUUAUGACCUUAUUUGGACAUUAUUAGACACUGGUUUCUUAGUAAAGCACAGUAACUUGGAUCAGAUUCUUUGUAACCAAAACACUUAAACAUGUAUUAGUAAUACCAAUAUAUUUAGAUUUUAUAUUUUUAUAAUUUAGCUUCUAUGCAUUGCAGAAGUUGAAUUAAGAAAUUUAAGUCAUCACCAUAUUUUUGUUUUCUUUACCACUUGGGAAAAUAAUCCUCUUUGAGGCAGUAACACUAUGUAUGUACUGUUGAUAGGCCAGAAAGAAGUGUUGGCAGUUGUCUUAGGUAAGCAAUAAAAAUAUCUCCAAUUUACUGAAAGUUCAGAAAUAUAACUGUUACAUGCAUGGAAAAUGUAAACCAAUUUAGGUAUUUCUAAGUACCCAACCCUAAUAUUCUUUCCCUCAACUCCAACAUUCUCAAGUCCCAGAUGAAAAGUUGAAGUGGAGCAUUAGUUUAAAUAUUCAGUCUAAUCAAAGACUCACAGUCCUGGGCAAUAGAUAUAUAGCUUUUUAAAAUUUUAUCCUUUGUGACCUGCUGUAGUGGCAUUGAACUAUUUUCUGCAUGUAUUAUAAACUAAAGAUUUUUUGGCCUUAUUUCAAUUGUUUUUAUUGCACAACUUCACUACAAAUUUAAAGACUGCUGGCAUUAUUAUAAAACUGUCUUCCUCCAAUCCAAGUAAAUAAGUGUGUGGGAUAUUUGUGAGCUGGAUUAGGUAACAUCUGAGACUUGGGAUUGACUAAAUUUAGUUAUCACUUGGAAAUGAAUUACAUAAGAUACAGUAAUCAGAGAAAAUAUCUUUGUGCAGCAUAUAUGUUAACAUCUAGAGUUGUCCCUCAUCUGCAGUGCAGUAGAUGAAUCAGACAUUUUAAGAAAUGUAUUCAAAUAUUUUUAUCUUAUAUGUUAGCAGCAUUUACAUGUUUUCAGAUAUGAUUUGUAAUAUAAAUUAAUUUCUCCAGUUAACAAUGUUUACUUCAAUUCUGACAUUCCAUUUUAUACAUAUAUACCUACUGUAUAUCUCUCUCAAAUGUCAGCUAGAAGUGACUUUUUCAGUUUUCUGUCUAGUGAAAACAGAUGUAUUCUGAAUGUUUUCGUGACCUGAAAUAUAUUUUUGAGUAGGUUGAAAGGACCAAGAUACUUGAGUGAUUAAAGGGCUGUAAGUGUUCUGCUUAUAUGCAGGAGUUACAUGAUUUUAAAAGUCGUAAUAGGGGAAGUAGUUUUAUCAUCUGAUUACUCCUAUUAACCUAAAAAGUAUUUCUAACAUAACAGGUUGAGCAGUGGUUUUGUUACACUUAGGCAAGAAUUUAUUUUCCCAUUAAAAUUUGAAAAAUCCACUUUUCUUUGCUUCUACCCUUGCAGUUUCCCAUAGUUCCCCUAAUUUCCAAGUGAUCUGAACUAAAAUUAAUAUUACAUUUACUAAGAAACUAUUUUUGUUAAUUAUACUGAGCAAAGCGCUCCAAAUGAAAAGUCAUUAUGAACUAUGUAUACUACCCAAGAAAAGGUCAAGUUGAGUCAGAAGACUGUAAGUACCACUUUUGGCGCUCCAGAGAUGAACCUUGUACACACUGCAGUAAAACAGUGAGUAGAAAAGAUGAGCUAUAAAUAGAUACUAUUUUUAGUUUUGAUAGCUCUGUAUUGAAAUACUUUUUUAAUGCAGAUAAAAAUUAUCAGGAAAUUAACCUUAUGGCACAGACCAAAUACUUAGUGCAUGGCUGAGUUUCUACAAUUCAAGGAGCCAAUAAAAUAGGUUCAAGAUGGAAUAUAGUACAUGCAUAUAAGGCAGAUGCACACAUGCUGGUUACUUUAAGAUUGUGUGUGUUGAUUAGUCACAAUGAUAGACUAUAACAUGAGAUAAUACAAAGUUACAUUUUUGGACCAUAUUAAAACUGCAAGAAGACAGGGGUCUUACUGAAGAUCUUUUAGAAAACUUAAAUCCUGUCACAGGAUAUUUAGACAUGUGUAGAAUGUAGCUCAAUUUUUAAAAAGUAACUGACCUAGAGGGUGAAAGUUGAAACUGACACAUUUUCAAAUUAAGAUUAUGCUUAUUUUGUACAGAAAACACUGUUUAAACACAAGCAGAUCUGUUGUAUGUAAUAAGUAACACAGAGUUUUAAAACAAAUUAAUUAUUUAGCUUUAUUGAAGUUUGUUUUUUUCCUUCCAAACCUGGAGUAUCAUAAACAGCAGUUUCACACCAGAAUAGCAGUGCCCUUUCUUUUUGUACAUACUGAUUGGACCUUUCUUUACUGUUACGUGGACACUUUCUAUGUUAGUUUUGAUGCAUAAUUCUUUGAAUCCUUUUAUACAAACUAGAAUGUAUGUGUAAGAAUACCUGUCCCUGCAAUGUAGUAACUACAAACUUAUUUUUAAAUAAAUAGAAAACUUGUUUUUCUAA